UUCUACAUGAUGAAUAACUGAAGUAAUGGUGAAUGUGUUUAUGUGUUUUUAUAAUAGUCGAGGACAAGUCUGCUGAGCUGUCUGUGUCUGAACUGCUGCACAGAGCCAACAGAGGCAUUGUUCCUGAACCUGAUGAGCCCAAGCUAAUGGAUGACAUUGCUGUGAAUGAGAAAAAUGCUGAUCCCUGCACCUCCUACGGCUGCCUCUGGUCCAAAUACAGCGACGGCAAGAUUUAUGUACCUUACGUCAUCGCCAACCACUACUCUUCCCGUGAGCUGGAGAUCAUCCAGCGUGGUCUGGACUCUUUCUCCUACAGCACUUGUAUCCGCUUCUUCCCCCGCAGCAAUGAGAGAGACUAUAUUAGCAUUGAGUCUCGCAGUGGAUGCUACUCGUACGUUGGUCGUCAGGGUUAUGCCCAGACUGUGUCUCUGGCCCGUAAUGGCUGUCUUUACCACAGCACUGUGCAACAUGAGCUGCUCCACGCUCUUGGCUUCAACCAUGAACAGACCCGCAGUGACCGUGACAAUCACAUCCAAGUCGUCUGGGAGAACAUCAGUGAUGACAUGAAGUACAACUUCGACAAAAUCAACACCCUGAACCAAGGAACUCCCUACGACUACAGCUCUGUGAUGCAGUACGAGAGAUAUGCUUUCUCCAAGAAUGGCCUUCCCACCAUGAUUCCCAUUCCCAACAAUAAUGUUGCACUGGGCACAUCUACUGAGAUGAGCCAGAAUGACAUCAUCAGAAUCAACAGGCUCUACCAGUGCUGAGCAACAGAACUUGCCUUCAGCACCCAGAUCUGCAGCCCAAACUACAACAACAA